UAAUUUUAUUAGUUUUUUUUUUUUUAACGAGACAGCAAGUGUGGUGCCCCUGCUUUGGCACCAGGUGGCGCUGUCGCCCCAUCGUCCUCGACUUUUUUUUUCCGGCAGGGUCUCGGCGCGGUCGCUCCUUGCCCUGCUAAGCAGACACGUUUCACGGGGGCUCCAUCAAUAACGCCCUACUGGGGUGAUCAAGCCAAAUGUAUGACUGGCCAACACAAUCACGUGCUGCUGUUUAAGCAUCCCAUAUUUGGGCAACGCACGUAGAAUAAAGGGAAAAAGGCAGAAUUUCCCCCCACCUAUAAAUCGUGCUCGUUUGAUUUUUUGGGGGGAUUAAAGCCCCCGACCUUCACAAAGGGCCACAAAUCAAACACAUAAAAAAUCUAUCUAUCUAUAUAUGAUCAAAAAAAACUAUAACAUUAAUAUAAUACAAUUAAAAUAAACGCUCUAUAUUUUUUUUGUAGCAGUAGCAUUAUACAAAUAUAAUUCUGUACAGCUGAAGAUGAGCGCGUACCUAACAAAUUCAUUUUACAAGCAAGCAGCUCAGGAGCCGUCCGCCUAUUCCAUGCAAAGUUACGGAAACUAUGGCUGUGCCACUGAACUCGGUGCCUCCAGGUACUGCUACGGUGGGCUCGAUCUCACCCUCCCUUUCCCUGCCUCUGCUCCUGCAAACUCUUACUGCCGCGGGGAUAUGGACUCGACUCUGGGAGGCUGCGACCCCGGGGACCGGGCUUCACCCUGCACAGAGACCGCCGCGUCCUCCACACUCGCUCCGGGCUCGGACGGGCUCAGGAUUUACUCUAAAGCGGAGGGGCAGACCUGCGUUAAAAGCAGCGACGGCGGCGGCACCGGUGAAAUCAAAGUAGAGGCGAAACAGCCCGUACAGCAGCGAAGACAACAACACCAGCACAAAGUCGACGACAGCCCGCUGCCCCAGAUAUACCCCUGGAUGACCAAGCUUCAUAUGAGACACGAAUCGGACGGCAAGCGCUCCAGGACAAGUUACACCCGGUACCAAACCCUGGAGCUGGAGAAAGAGUUCCAUUUCAACCGGUACCUGACCCGCCGCAGACGCAUCGAGAUCGCCAACAGCCUGUGUCUCAACGAGAGGCAGAUCAAAAUCUGGUUCCAGAACCGGCGGAUGAAAUGGAAGAAGGAUUCCAAACUCAAAACCAAAGAGUCCGUUUGAACAAAACAGAAUUGGGUUUUCAAUCCCAUAUAUGUAAUUUAUUUUUUUUUUAAAGAGAGAACUCCCUCCUUUAUUAUUAUUAUUAUUAUUAUUAUUAUUAUUAUUAUUAUUAUUACUUUUGCAAAGCUUUUGCAUUCAUUUUAGCAUUGCAGAAAUGAUGUGUUCAGGGGCUGAAGGAUGAAACGAGGCACUUGUAAAGUUAGCUCUAUACACAAUUAUAAAGACAUAAAGGUUUGGCUGAAAAACAAAAAACACCAUUUUGGCUUUCACCCCAUGCAAUGUAUAUUGACUUGUUUAAAUUAUGUUUUAGAAAGGAUACAACAACUCCAAAAAAAACUAUCAACUUUAACCUGCAUUUGAAUACCUUACCCCCCACGUUUUAAUCCUCGCCUUGAAGCGAUCUACACUUUUACAAGAUAAUGAAGAUUUGUGCAAAAAAUGAAUAUUGGGCUGAUGUUGUUGUAGGCGUAGUUACCCCCUGCGCUUUCCAAAUCUCUGUUACCAAGAAGGCCAUUUCCAUUGUUAUGGUUUCACUCAAACAUUCUUCUACACAUGUAUCAGAGCACCCCAUUGCUUCUGUGUCAGAGCACCCCAUUGCUUCUGUGUCAGAACACCCCAUUGCUUCUGUGUCAGAGCACCCCAUUGCUUCUGUGUCAGAGCACCCCAUUGCUUCUGUGUCAGAGCACCCCAUUGCUUCUGUGUCAGAGCACCCCGUUGCUUCUGUAUCAGAACACUCCAUUGCUUAUGUAUCAGAGCACCCCAUUGCUUCUGUGUCAGAGCACCCCAUUGCUUCUGUGUCAGAGCACCCCAUUGCUUCUGUGUCAGAACACCCCGUUGCUUCUGUGUCAGAGCACCCCGUUGCUUCUGUGUCAGAGCACCCCGUUGCUUCUGCGUCAGAGCACCCCAUUACUUCUGCGUCGGAGCACCCCAUUGCUUCUGCGUCAGAUUACCCCAUUGCUUUUGUAUCAGAGCACCCCAUUGCUUCUGUGGUUUUGAUUUGCUGUGUGUAUGAAAUCAAACCACUGGAACUAAAAAUUAUGGAAAAUUCUCAAAAUAAGCAAAUAAGCGAUUGCCUCAUUUAAUUGAUGACCUUUAUAGCUCACACAUGCACUCCAUUUAAAACAGUAAAGAGAAAAGGAACACAGAGCCACACGUGGUAAAAACGCAGGAGACGUUUUAGAAGUUGUUUAAGAUGCCUGAUUAAAGCACAAAGCGGUCUGACAUUUUCACACACACGAGUGCCUAUUGUUUCUAUAUCACUGAUUACUGACCGGUAAUUGAAAUUCUCACAGCCAGAGGUUUUCAUGCAGGGAGGCAUAUAAAGGAUAUCAAUGACGCAUCUUGAGGUGUUCUGAUACAUUUGCACAUG